AUGCGAGCAUUCUUGAGGGCGGUGAAUGAAAGAGUUUGGAUGGCCAUAGAAGAUGGUUGGACAUGCCCAACGGUGAUGGAUAAUGGUGUCACCAAACCAAAACAUAUGAGCUUGUGGACUCCAGAUGAGAUGGAGAGGGCCAAUUUUAAUUUGAAGGCCAUGCAUGCUCUAUUCAAUGCAGUGUCCAUAACUCAAUUGAAGGUCAUUGCAAACUGUGAGAUGGCCAAAGAGGCUUGGAAAAAACUACGAAUUAAAAAUGAAGGAACGGAUGCUGUAAAGAAAUCCCGUCUUCGUGCUUUGGCAAAAGCAUUUGAAGAUUUAUCAAUGGAGGAAGAAGAAACGGUGGCUGAGUUCCAUGCUAAAUUGUGUGACAUAUCAAAUGAAUCUUAUGCUUUGGGAAAGACUUAUUCAAAUGCAAAGCUGGUUCGUAAAGUCCUUGGAGUUCUACCUAGGAGAUUUAUGUCUAAAGUAACCUCCAUUGAAGAAAUGAGAAACGUGAAGGAACUGGAUCUUGAUGAACUGAUUGGAUCCUUGCAGAAUUAUGAAAUGUCAUUAACAAGGUGGAAGAAAGAAAAAAAGAAGAAGGAUGUGAACAAAGAAAAAGGGGACAACAAUAUUGCGUUCAUUCACAAAGAAGAAAAGAAGUCUAUCCCAGAUUUGUCUGCUGGUUUCUCAGAUGAAGCUGUAGAUUUGCUGACCAAGAACUAUGCAAAAUUCUUGAAAAAGAAGUACAAGAAACUGUGUUCUGAGGGUAAGGAAAAUGCUUCCAAAAGAAAUCCUCUUGGGAACUUCUGGCAUGGUCAGCAACCCAGUGACAAUAAGAGCAUGGGCAUUCAGUGCAGACAAUGUGAUGGGUUCGGACACAUUCAGGUCGAGUGUGCCAACACUCUCAAAAAGAAGAAAGCCCUUGUUGCCACCUGGAGCGAUAGUGACGAAGAAAAAGACUCUAUUGCAAGCAAAAGUUCUAAUGAGGAUAAACAGGUAGUGGCUUUCAUGGCUCAAAGUCAUCAGUCUGUUGAAUCUGAGGAUGAUGGAGUCUCCACUGUGUCUGAAGUCGACAGUAAUGGAAGACAAAAUGCAUAUGAAGAAAUGUUUGCUCAGUGGGAAUAUAUGACCAAGCAGAUUAGAGGUCUGAAUAGUGCCAAGGAGCAGAUAGAGUCUGAAAAGUCAAGCUGGAGGACACCGUUAAGAAUCUCAACAAACGUCUUGAUGAGAAGGACAAUGAGAUCUACAAGCUUUCAGCUGAACUCAUAA